CGCCUUUUCUCAACCUAAACAAACAUAAACUGCAUAACACAACUUGCUUACAUAUAUAUCUUUCGCCUCUCAGCACAAGUAACAGCUUCGAGAUAGCUUUUCGUACCAUCAGACAAAAUGGGUGAACGUAAAGGAGUUGUCCGCGAAUUUCACUUUGUCGAUAUGGAAGACCCAAAUCGUUACAAACGGCUGAAGGUCCUGCGUGCGUGCGAUUUUUGUCGAAAGCGAAAAGUCAAAUGCGACUUACCACAACCAAAUUCUGGCACUUGUUCAAAUUGUCAAAGAGCACGACAGCCCUGUACAUUUUCGUCUAUUCAAGCUGGUGACAACGCAAAGGAGUUGAGCGUGAUGACCGAACGUACAGCUCUUGGGGCCUCUAAAGGUGUACUUUUGAAACAACUUGCUAUCGCAGAGAAUGAUAAAGUUGACGAAAGCAAUACAUUCGAUAUAGCCUCUAUCAGUAAGCGUCUGCUCACCAAUUACAUCUGGGAUAGAUCAUCUCCAAGCCACAAUACCAAUGCUACCGGCGAACUAGUUUUACCCGCUCAAACUGGACAUACUAAGCAACUUGAUAUGACAUCGUACAAAACUACUUUCAUAUACCUUUUCGAGAUAUAUUUACGCCACUUGAAGUCUUUAUUUCCAGCCGCUGUCUCUGCAGACUAUGAUGCUGCUACGGAGAGAAUAUCAGUCGGACUAGUCACCUCGGUUGAAAAAGCCAUGUUGGCAUGUGCUGCCGCGCGAAUGUAUAUCGUAGAGCGAGACAAUACGACCGCUGACUACUACGCGGUUUGUCGGAAUCUUAUCCACGAAGCCAAAUCCGACAUGAUCAAAGAGCAAACGAUGAGUGAUUCAGACCAUUUUCGUACAUGCUUUCAUCUUAGCAUAUGCUAUCUCUUGGUUCCUGAUAUACAACCAGAUGAUCAGUAUUUACUUCACUGCAUUGAAAGACUGACUCAAAUAUCUCGGUCGAAUUUAAAUGAUAUCAUUCCAGCGGAUGACGGGGUAAGGGAUGAAGAAUUCAUCCUCACAAAAUUUUGGACAGCCUAUCUACUAUGCUGCUGUAAAUACAAAAAUGGCACUGUAGAAAGGGCCGGCAGUUUCAAUGAAGUAGAAGCAUUCAAACCACUUUCGUCGGACGAAAAACACGUUAAACUCAGAACGGAACACUUUGUCUUCGUCGAUUUAUUAUCACAACUAUUGAAUAUUAGACUCUCCGUAAUGCAGCACCUAAAAAGCCAAAAGGCGACCUCGCGGGAGCAUUAUGAUCGACUAAAAAUGGCAUUGAAGCGCUGGAGAAAGGCUUUACCUAUCGCCUAUGAUACGGCAUACAAUAUUAUCGAUAGUUCCUUCGUACAGCGAAACCAAAAAGAUGAGUACAACAGUUUGGCUUCCAAUUACGCCGAAGCUGGUCAAUAUACUCUGCUUAGCUAUCUCGUGUACACUGGCACAACCAUCCUACUGGAAGAUUAUUUGCAUAGAGAGGAAUGCAACACGGUUGAUACGCUGAAAUUGAAAUUGGCUAAAACCAUGAUCUCUUCAUUGGAAACUGCUUUGUUUGAAAAAGAUAUCAGUGAAUCACUUUUCCUGAUGACCCAUCGAUUGGUAACAGAAGACGCAUUACAUUCGCUCUUUAUUGUCUUCCAUGCAUCUACCAUACAGCUCAUCAACAAAGGUAGUAUGGACAAAAGAUUCAAGGAUGCUGUAAUCCGGUCCAGUCGAUCAAUCAAAAACGUUAUUCAUUGGAUGGCUCUCUGGUACAAGGAAGAAAAUCUGUCUCAGUUGGAAGUAGACAUCCACACUGGUUCAUUACAAAAAGAAAUCGAAACUCUCAGGAAAGAACCAAAGUAUAGCAAAAUAUCACAUAAUCCAAUACCAGAUAUUCCAGACGCAGUACAUAAUCCUGCAGCAAAUGGACUGCCAGCUGCCCCUUCUUCAUCUGUGACACUACCUACUUUUUCAGCGUAUGAAGUAUUUCUAGGCCCAGAAUCGUCGAAUAACACAUCACUUUCGCGCUACAAUAACUGAAAAGUGGUUUUAUAUGGCUUCUACUACAGCCUCCUUUCUCAGCAGUGCUUGUAUAUACACCAUUUAAAUUAGAAUGCACAGCUCGUCUGCAAGGACAGGUUUAUAAAGAGUUCAUAUAUUCUACCAUCUAUAUAUUUUGCCUCUGAACCAAUCUCAGAGCUGAAAGUACCAUGUCCGCUGCGCUCUGAAGAUAUAAUUUUCAUGGACUACAGUUAAGAUUAGGUUUUCGGGGGGUUCAAAGUCUUGAUGGCCAUAGCUGCAAG